CCCGCACGCGCGAGGGCUAUUUCCGCCUCAAGGGCGGCUGCGACUGUGCCAUCAACCGCGCCAUCGCCUACGCACCCUACUGCGACGCAUCUGGAUGGAGAGCAAGCUGCCCGACUACAGCAGGCGCAGGAGUUUGCCAAAGGCGUUCACGCUGUGUGGCCCGAGCAGAAGCUCGCCUACAACCUCUCCCCGUCCUUCAACUGGAAGACGGCCAUGCCCCGCGACGAGCAGGAGACGUACAUCCGCCGCCUCGCGUCCCUGGGCUACUGCUGGCAGUUCAUCACGCUCGCGGGCCUGCACACGACGGCCCUCAUCAGCGACAAGUUUGCCCGCGCCUACAGCCAGCAGGGCAUGCGCGCCUACGGCGAGCUCGUCCAGGAGCCCGAGAUGGAGGGCGGCGUCGACGUCGUCAAGCACCAAAAGUGGAGCGGCGCCAGCUACGUCGACGAGCUGCUCAAGAUGGUCAGCGGCGGCAUCAGCAGCACCGCCGCCAUGGGCAAGGGCGUCACAGAGGACCAGUUCCACUAAAGGGGUCUUUGCAUGCAUGUAUAGCAGUAGAGUGGUAUGAUGUAGCGGGACGACAUGAUGUGAUGUUUUUUCUUUUACGUUGUACCUUUGCAAUACUAUCCGAUUUAGAC